GAAAGAACGGAGGAAGAAGCAGAAUAAGAACUUGACAACUCCUCCCAUUGCAGUUCCCUCUCUCUCUUACGCACACUCUCGCUUCCGAAUUCGGAGGUGCCGAGAAGAACCCAGAUGUCCAUUCUAACGCUCUGUCAUUACCCACCAUCUUCUGUUGUUGCUCUCUGUCCGUCGUCCGACCACCUUCUUCGCCUCCCUCUCCGAUCCUCUUUCCUAUCGCUUCUCCCCUCCAGGAAGAGAGGGCAGAAGUACCUCUUCUUUAAGAACUCUGGAACCCAGGCUUCCGAUGGGAACACCGGGAACGUCGCGAAGGAUACGCGUGCCGACUCCGGAACACAGACGCUGAGUGAGGAGAGGCGGACGCUGCACGAAGAAGAGUGGGCGGAUGAUUCCAGCAGCGUCAAGGAUAAAAGCUUUUCAGGCAACUCGAAGGAUGUGGGAACACUGGGAAGGACGGUGGUCGUCAAUACUCUGACGGAUUCUUUAUCCCUUUCGAUCAAGGAGCCUGUCUAUGAGGUCAUAGAAGUAAGGCCUGAUGGAAAAAUGUCCACGAAGAAUAUUAGUAGGAGGCAAUUGUUGAAAACUAGUGGUCUUCGCCCUCGGGAUAUUAGGAGUGUUGAUCCAUCUUUGUGGUUGACAAAUUCAAUGCCUUCUUUGCUGGUGCGUGAACAUGCUAUAUUAUUAAAUCUUGGUUCAUUACGUGCAAUUGCUAUGCCUGAGCGGGUUCUUGUGUUUGACCAUAACCGUAUUGGUGGGAAAAAUUUUCUGGAGUCAUUGUUACCUCGUCUCAAUCCAAAAAAUGUCAAUGGAGCACCAUCAAUGCCAUUUGAACUGGAGGUUGUUGAAGCUGCUUUGGUUUCUCGGAUACAACGACUUGAGCAGAGACUGAUGGAUGUAGAACCCCGUGUGGUAGAGUUGCUUGAAAUCUUACCCAAUAGGCUUACAGUUGAUGCCCUAGAGCAACUUCGUCUCAGUAAACAGAAGUUGGUUGAUGUGGGUUCAAGAGCAGGGGAUCUUAAGCAGAUGCUUCUUGACCUUCUUGAAGAUCCACAUGAAAUACGGCGUAUAUGCAUAAUGGGAAGGAAGUGUACUAUUAGGAAGGAAAAUAAUAAUGUAGAAUGCUCUCUUUCAGUAGAUAAGCAAAUUGCAGAAGAAGAGGAGGAAGAAAUUGAAAUGCUCUUGGAAAAUUACUUGCAAAGGUGUGAGUCAUGCCACGGUCAGGCUGAAAGGCUACUAGACUCUGCAAAAGAAAUGGAGGACUCAAUUGCCGUCAAUCUAAGUUCACGGAGGCUAGAAGUUAGCAGAGUAGAGUUGCUUCUCCAGGUUGGCACAUUUUGUAUAGCUGUCGGUGCAUUAGUUGCAGGCAUAUUUGGAAUGAACCUGAAGUCCUAUCUUGAGGAGCAUGUGUUUGCCUUCUGGUUAACUACCGCUGGUAUAUUCGUUGGCGUGAUGAUUGGAUUCUUUUUAAUGUAUUCAUAUCUCAAGGCAAGGAAGAUAUUGCUAUAAUAUCAAAUAUUGAUGUGGAUUUCUUGGUCUUGCACUUAAAAGGGGAAACCCCAUAUUGAAUUGAUAUCAGUGGAGUGUUCAAAAACUGCUGCUGAGGCAGCAUCGAUCCUUGGAGAUGGAGAAAAUGCAGUCAUUUAUGAAUUCUACACGGCCGUGCCGAUCUUGUACAGAGCCUUGAUGGUAGAAGUAUUUUCUGUAAUAUAGCAUCAAAUUUUUCUCCUUUUGGAACACUGUAUAUGGGUGGGUGCAAGUGGGUGCUCAGAGUGCUGUCCUCCCUGUUGCAGCAUUACAAGCAUGUGUUAAGCAGGUAUACAUAGCUAGUCCAGAAAAUAGCUUUUUCACAUUAGUGUACAGUUUGGGCUGAACUACGUUGCGUGUUGUAAAACCUUUUGAUUUGAUGAACUGGUUUCAAUCUUCUAUAAAAGGUUGAAAUAAGAAUAUAAAUUUUUGGACCAAGAGACAA